GACCCCCUCAGCCGCCCCCGGGCACCGGCCUCAGGUCUGCUCUACGGGGAGGAGGAGGAGGAGGAAGGCUCAGGCUGAUGUAAUACUGGGGGAGGGGCCGGUCACAUCCCGCACGCGGCUGCCGCUGCCUCCCUGCCAGUACUACAGCGACCUUGUGAGGAGCAGCGUGCCAGGAGGAGCCCGUGCCCACCUCAUAGAUCAACAUGAGCUGCAACGUUCUUCGCGGUUUCGGACAGCAAUUGUUUCGUCGUAAGGUUGUGGGAUCUGACUCUAAGGAGAGCAGAUUGGCACGAUGCCUCAACACGUUUGAUCUAGUAGCUCUUGGAGUGGGCAGCACUCUUGGUGCCGGGGUGUAUGUCUUAGCUGGAGCUGUGGCACGGGAAAAUGCCGGACCCGCUAUCGUUCUGUGUUUCCUCAUCGCUGCUCUAGCUUCUGUUCUUGCUGGAUUAUGUUAUGCAGAAUUUGGCGCAAGAGUUCCCAAAACGGGCUCUGCCUACCUGUACAGUUAUGUCACCGUGGGGGAAUUCCUGGCUUUUAUAACGGGCUGGAAUUUAAUUCUGUCUUAUGUUAUUGGCACCUCAAGUGUGGCCCGUGCCUGGAGUGCGACAUUUGACGAACUUAUCGGCAGACAAAUAGAGCAUUUCUGUGAACAGCAUUUUGCCAUGAAUUUGCCGGGGGUAUUGGCCAAGUAUCCCGACCUGUUCUCAGUCAUCCUAAUCGUAGUACUGACAGCUCUCUUAUGCAUUGGCGUGAAAGAAUCUGCUCUGGUCAACAAGGUAUUCACAUGUAUCAAUGUGCUGGUCCUGGCUUUUGUCAUCGUAUCUGGAUUUGUGAAAGGAACAAUUAAGAACUGGCAGCUCUCGGAGAAUGACUUCAAUGGAACCAACAUUACGACAUCAGACAAUAUUACACAAGAGGGCACCUGGAAUUAUGGAGCUGGUGGAUUUAUGCCGUAUGGUUUUGCCGGUGUCCUCUCUGGAGCUGCUACCUGCUUCUAUGCCUUUGUUGGCUUUGACUGCAUUGCCACCACAGGUGAAGAAGUGAAGAACCCUCAGAAAGCUAUCCCGAUUGGCAUUGUCGCAUCUCUACUCAUCUGUUUUGUGGCCUACUUUGGGGUGUCUGCAGCACUCACACUUAUGAUGCCUUAUUAUCUUCUCGAUAACAGCAGUCCAUUGCCUGUGGCUUUCAAUUAUGUGGGAUGGUCUGGGGCAAAAUAUGCCGUGGCUGUAGGAUCUCUAUGUGCACUUUCUACCAGUCUCCUCGGUUCCAUGUUCCCCAUGCCUCGAGUGAUUUAUGCCAUGGCAGACGACGGGCUGCUAUUUAAAUUUUUAGCCAAAGUCAGUAAAAAGAGCAAAACUCCAGUGAUAGCCACAAUUUGCUCCGGAGCCGUUGCAGCUUUGAUGGCCUUCUUGUUUGAUCUGAAAGACUUGGUGGAUUUGAUGUCCAUAGGAACGCUUCUUGCCUACUCGCUAGUGGCCGCCUGUGUGUUGGUCUUGAGGUAUCAGCCAGAACAGCCAAAUCUCGCCUAUCAAAUGGCCCGCACAACCGAUGAUGCAGAUAUCAAUGAGUCAGUCAGUACCAGCGAGUCUCAAAAUGGAAUACUGGGUGAAGGGGAGAAGUUCACUCUUCAGAUGCUCCUAUUUCCACCAAACCCAGAACCAACCCGGUUAUCGGGGUCUAUAGUAAACAUUUCAGCAGGUAUUGUAGGCCUUCUCAUCGUCUCCUUUUGCUGCCUCAUGGUUUUUGGUCAAGACUCCUUGGCAAAAGGAGAAUCCGCUGUUAUUAUUCCGCUUGCAGUCUUAAUACUGCUAUCUUUAGCCUUUACGAUUAUCAUUUGGAGACAACCUGAGAGCAAAACUAAACUGUCUUUCAAGGUCCCGUGUGUUCCUGUAAUCCCAGUCUUGAGCAUUUUUGUAAAUGUAUACCUGAUGAUGCAGCUAGGAGGAGGCACCUGGGUACGAUUUGCAAUUUGGAUGGUAAUCGGUUUUGUCAUAUACUUUGGUUACGGCAUGUGGCAGAGUAGUGAAGCUAUUGGCUCUACACCAGACAAGAAUGCAGGAGAUUACAAAAGCACCAAUGUGUUGAAUAAUGAGAAACAAGCUUUCCUAGAUGACCUAGAAGCUACUAACUCAGUGACUGCCUGAAGCCCGCAGCUGGAAUGGUCCCAUUAAUGUUAAUCAGUCAAGAACUUCACCCAAAGCUUGCAACCCGCACAAACCAUACAACACCGGACAAGUGGCUGCACCUCCGAAUGGUCAAACCAGAGCACCGCUUAUCUUCUAAUGCUGCUAUUCUCUAACAACACAAUCUACGGAUCCUGCUUUAAAAGAACAGGCCUUUUGCGAUUGCAUCAUACCGCACGUCCCAUAAAAAUCCAUUAAGCCACGUAGACCACAGCAGCGGGUGUUUUUUGUUUUAGCCAAUUUUUUAUUAGAUCCAUGGUGGAAAGGUUUAAUCCAGUUGUGGGUAUUAGAAAGAGAAUAUGAACUCAUUGUCAGGCCAGGGAACUAUUGGGGGAUUUUAAGGAGUUUCCUGCUGAUGAUCUAUGUAGAGAAAUGCGUUUACAGCCAAACUAGCACAAAUUGUGUUCAUUUUAUACCUUGAAGAAAACCUAAUUUAUUGUUUUUAAACUUUUUUUUUUUUUUUAUCCAAUUUUUUUCGUACUCUUGUAGUGCAGGGCACUUAAAAGGGAGAUCUCUUCCAAUAUUCCAGUCUUCUCAGUUUUUAUAUUGUAUGUUAAACACCUAGAUAUGUGUUAUAUAAUACAUGUUCAACCUUUGGGUUUGUAGCCCAGCUUGUCCUCCAAGGGGACAUCUUCAGGGGUGAGGUGGUUGGAUGUAUUAUAACAAAGGUCCACAAGGUUUGGAUGGCCCUUUGAGGCAGCACAGAGCAUUAUGUGGCCUGCUGAGGUAACGGUAGGGAGGGUCUCAUCUUUUAGAUUGGCCCCAUUCGCUGUCCCACCCAUGGCAGUUUGCACUUGCACUGGGCUUCUCCUAACCAACAAAUUGGCUUAGGGGUUCGGCCAAUGGUGAGACCAUCAACUGGGAAGAGGUGAGGAAGCAAGCAUUAAGCCCUCAUAUGCUGGGAUGGGAUGUAAUUAUGUGAACUAGAACCCAGAACCUUGUAUGUUAUCCAAUGAUCGGGCUCUUCUGUCUCCCAGGCUUAUGUCUCUAAUGUUAUUAAUGAACCUACAUUUAUUUAAGUGCUUAUUAUUAUCCACUAUUUAUGUAACAUGUUUGUCACAAUUAAAAUGCAGUA